ACCCAUUUUUUUUUCCUGCCGAGCAGGGAAGCGACACGAUGGCAAUUUGUGGUAGAAGGAGCCAGCGCAAGCUUGUGUUUUUCAUCUGUGGAGUCACUUUAGUGGGAUACCUCAUACUCUCAAAACACAACUCCGGGGACGUGAGCGUGACACAUGAACGGGAGGCCCCCACAGAAAGAGAGGUGGGAGAUGAUGAGCUCAAGAAACCCGUCUACGAGAAGCCUCCCCUGGAUUCAAACAGCCUGGGGGAGCUGGGGAGAGCCGUCAAACUCAAUCUGAAAGGAGAGGCGAAAAAAGAAGAGGAGGAAAGCAUCAGCAAGCAUCAGAUUAACACUUAUGUUAGUGAUAAACUCUCACUGCACCGCAGGCUGCCUGAAAUAUGGAACCCACUCUGCAAGGAGCUGAAGUAUGACUACCGCUCUCUGCCGACAACCUCUGUGGUCAUCGCCUUCUACAACGAGGCCUGGUCCACCCUGCUGAGGACAGUCCACAGCGUGCUGGAGACGUCACCUGACAUCCUGCUGAAGGAGGUGGUGCUGGUGGACGACUAUAGCGACAGAGCUCAUCUAAAGGAGCCGUUGGAACGGUACAUCUCAGGUCUGAGAAAGGUGCGUCUCAUCCGAGCAACCAAGAGGGAGGGGUUGGUGCGGGCCCGGUUGCUGGGGGCGUCUAUUACCGAGGGUGACGUGCUGACCUUCCUGGACUGUCACUGUGAAUGUCAUGAAGGCUGGUUAGAGCCGCUACUCCACAGGAUCAAAGAGGAGCCAUCAGCUGUGGUGUGUCCUGUCAUUGAUGUGAUCCACUGGAACACCUUUGAGUACUUAGGGAACUCUGGUGAACCUCAGAUCGGGGGAUUUGAUUGGCGGUUGGUCUUUACCUGGCACACUGUCCCCGAGUAUGAACAGAAACGCCGUCGUUCCCCUGUUGAUGUCAUCAGGUCUCCUACUAUGGCAGGUGGCCUGUUUGCUGUGAAAAAAAAUUACUUCCAUUACCUGGGGACCUACGACACAGGGAUGGAGGUGUGGGGAGGAGAAAACCUGGAAUUUUCCUUCAGGAUUUGGCAGUGUGGAGGCAGCUUGGAGGUCCACCCGUGCUCCCAUGUGGGUCAUGUGUUCCCUAAAAAGGCCCCUUACUCCAGAAGUAAAGCUCUGGCAAACAGUUUGAGAGCUGCAGAGGUCUGGUUGGAUGAAUACAAAGAGAUCUACUACCAUCGUAACCCCCAAGCACGACUGGAGGCCUUUGGAGACGUGUCCGAGCGGUUGAAGCUCAAGGAGAGGCUCGGCUGUAAGAGCUUCAAGUGGUAUCUAGAAAAUAUUUACCCCGAUAUUAACAUCCCAGAGGAUCGCCCAGGCAUGUAUGGCAUGCUGAAGAGUCAAGGCAUGGCAGACUACUGUUUCGACUACAACCAUGAUGAAGACAAGGACACGUUUGGCGAGAGGGUCAUCCUUUACUCCUGUCAUGGCAUGGGUCAGAACCAGUUCUUUGAAUACUCUGAGAGGGAUGGUGAGCUUCGCUAUAACACAGUCGAGCCUGGUGGGUGCGUUGUGGGAGACAACGUUAGCGCCUACCUGACGAUGCAGCAUUGUAAAAAAAAGGGGAAACCUGUACCUGUAGACCAGAAAUUUGUCCUCCGAACGGACGGAGGGCUUUACCAUGUAGCGAGCCAAAAGUGUGUCCAGGCAGUGGAAAACAAAAAGGAGGGGAAACGAUUCCCUUCGCUCCUGCCCUGCUCUGACAGUCCUCACCAAAAGUGGCUCUUUGAGCAUUGAUCAUAACGGUAUUAAUGCAGAAAACAUACACAGAUAUAUUUUUCAUUCCGGGUCAAUAUCCUGAGGAGGAAUUUUUACUUGUUCUAAGAGGAGGAGGAACUUCUGUUUUCCAUCCCAAACCUAAAACUUUUGCAUAAUUUUGUGCCAGCUGGAUGAAAUGGAACAAAAGUAAAUUAUACUGGUAAUUGUACUGAUGACGUACUUUGUAAAGGGGGAUAUUGUUUUUCCCUUGGAAGCUGUUGCUGGGUGACAGGAAUGUGUAUACUUUUUCUAAUCAAGACGAUAAUGAAUAUCCGUGUGAAGUUGCAAAAUUGUACUUUCUAAUAUUUUUUUCAUGUUUUUCAUUUACCUUCACACUGGUGCAACCUUUCAGAAUAAGAGCCCUUCACCUGGAGGGAUACUGAAACACAGGUGUAUCUUUGCAUUAAGUGGCUGACAUCAGUUAUUAAAAGAGCCACGUUGUGUUUGCAUGCUCUCCUCUAGAGGGGGCUAACGUUCCUUUCAGCAGGUGUUCUCUCUUUGUCAAGAGAACGUGGGACAAAUCUUUAGGUGUUUUGAAAAUAAUAUUUCAGCAGUGUUUGCUCUUCUUACGCACAGUGACUUAUAAGAAAGCCUUAGAUCACAGGCAUUAUGCAAGUACCUAGUACCUCUUCAACUUAAUCACAGAACUACUGAUAACAGCAGCAACUCCAGUCUUGUUUCAUUCUCCCUCGACUGAAGUCAUUUUUCAAUGUAAAUGUGACCGAGGUAAAAUGACAUUGGACAUUCUGCAAGUUUUGCACCACUUUUUGUAACAUUUUUUUCCUUCUUAUGCUCUUUGAAUGAUGUGAUCAUAGCCAUCUUUUAGGGAUUCAAUUCAUAGGAUGUCAAAUAUGGAUAUGAUGCUUUUUCUUUAUUAUACAACAUUUUUUCUCCAAUGUAGGCAGAUCUCAUCUUUAGUCUUUAUUUUGGACGUAGUCACUUGAUAAAAGUUAUUUGCAAAAGCUUACACACAAAAUAUGUAAAAGUAAGAUCUACAGUAUUACCCAUCUUUCUUGUCCUUGAAAGCCAUGGAGUGCCUGAUUUACAAAAACAAAACGUCUCUUGUUUUGUGCUGAAUGUAUACUUUGGCAAACAAAGCGACUGAAAGAGAGCUGAAUUAGAUUUGUGUCAAAGCAUCUGCACACUUAUAUUAUGCAUGCUCCCCUGCUGAGAGCAACAACCAAGGUGUUCCCUGGAGUCUUCGUAUAUUGCUCUGGUGGGCUGAUUUGGGCACACUGUCUCUGUUUGCAUCCAUCAGAGUCAGACAACUAUAGAUACCUCUGUUCCGAGCUGCGGUCACUUGUGGCUGUCCCUCAGGCUAUGCAGAGUUGCCGAGGGAAACACAGCGGCGGCGGCGACAGUUGUUGGUGUCUCCAGAGUGCCGGGAUGCCAGAUGACUCCCUGAUUGAUUUUCUGGUCCUCUCUCAAUUCUUUAUCAGCACCUCUUCCUCUCUGGUGUCAGAGGUGUGCAGAGAAGGACUUCUCUUUUUGGACUUGUGCCGGCCAAAUCCUUCUCACAUGAGGACUUGUUACUCGUGGGCUUGAGGUUUGAUUUAUGGAUUGAAGUCUACAGGAGUACAGUUUUUGACAGCAGAAGGAGAUACUGGAGGAGACUGAAUGAAGCAAUUUGUGACCUCUUUCUUACCAUUAACCUUCACAGGCUGUUGGCUCAUCGGCCCCAGAGGAGCUCUGUUAGGAAUUGAUGUCCGCAGAAGAUCGUACUGAUAUAGAUUUUUGCUAUUGAUUUAGUAUGUACACUCACAAUAAGAUGAAUGGGAGGUGGAAAGAGACAAUUUUUCCAGCCCCAUAGCUGUGACUCGGUGGAAUUUGGAUUACUAAAUUUGCCAAUUACAAGAAAAAGUAAAGUAUAGUGUAAAGGUGAUGAUGUUGCAACUACGUAAUGACAUACAUGACAGUACAAUGUGCUUUAUUUGCCACCCAUAGCAUUUGAAAAUAGCAUCAUGCAAUUGCUGCACUGUUUAGCCUGACCUGAAGGGCUAAAAUAAGAUCAAAACUUUUGAAUGGCCUUAAUUUGGAGCUUUAAAAUUCUAGCAGUCUGUAAAGAAUUCUGGUUCUUGAUUGUGCAAACCAAAGGAAGAGCGGAUCUUUGAGGAUUGAAAGUAUGUUUCAGGGGAUAGAGCCAAAAAGGGUUAAUAGUGUACUUAGUGAACAGUUUCUUGCUCUUGGUCUUGAUAGACUAUAGUUGCUUCUAGAUUUCCAUGUUCCCUGGCAAACUGCCCUGUCCUGUCAGAAUUUAAGACCAUGAAAAAGCUGCUUCAAGAUAUCCGAUACCUAAAAAGAAGUGACAGCUUUAAAUCAUUCCAUCAGUUUAUGUCUUUAGCCUUUCGGGGGUAGUCUAAGUUUUCCAAUCUGUUAUUAUAAAGGGUAAUUCAUUGUCCCUAUUGCCAUUUGUUAUUCAAGACAUGUCUAGAACAUCAUCUUUAUGCUGGCAGUAUAUUGUAUGCUAAUGUGAUAAGGAACCUGCAGCUGUAGUAAAAUUGAUAGCCAGGGAUCAUAUCUGUCUAGCAGGUCAUUAAAGGGUUUUUUAUGUCAACCAUCCUGAGCUGUAAACUUGUAAUACUCCAAGGAUCUGUUGAAGCACUUGAGCCUGGAAAAAUGGCUGAUUUCACUGUGUCCUAACUCUGAGCCAGUGUCGAUAUUUAAGUGGUAAUAUGUGCAAAUAAUAAUGCUGGAAUGUAACACUGUGUCUGGUGUAUUAAUGCUGGCUGUAGCUCAAGUUGCCUUACAUUGUAAUUAGAAGAGUGAAGGAUAUUGCUUAAAAUAUUUUUGUAUUUGUUGGCACCAGAGAAAUGAUCUGAAGACAGUGUAUCUGUUUUAUUGUCAAGAUAAGGUAAUAAAAUAUUCACUUGGA